AACAAAGACACGGUGAAGAUCUACCGAGGAAGUCGUGAACCUCUUCUGUGAAGCCAGGGCGGUUCCCAGGACGCCAGACUUCCCCGAACUCGGGGUUUCCUUCCCGGCGGCGCGGGGUCCCGGGGCCUCGCUCCCGCCUCUCCGCCCUGGCCCCGCCCCGCCCGGGCGCCCGACUGUCCUCCCCGCCUCGGCGCGCACAGGCGGCGGCCGCGGGGCCUGGAGCAGCGGCGCGGGAGCCGGGGCGCAGGGAGUGUCCCAAGAACCAAUGAAGAGGACACAAGACCCCUGAGGCUGCCUCCCUGUCCUCCUGGCCAUGCUCACCUUGACAUUCACCCUCUCGGUCCCCCAGAUGCUGCGGAUUGUCCUCCUGGUCACCUCCCUGAGUGCUCAGAAUGGAAGAGCAGGGAACCUUCCUUGUGGAGUUGAGUGUGCACGCCUGGCCCAGGAGCCCGGGGACAGUGAGGCGGCUGCAGGUGUGGCCACGACUGCACAACACUCCGAAUGGGACAACCCCACCUGCACCGAAGGAGUGGUGUCCGUGCCCCGAGGGGAGCGCGCCGUGAUGGGCUGCAACAUCUCCAACCCUUUCCUCGGCGUGGCCGUCACCCUGAGCACCCCCGGGGCCAGUGUCCAGCCGCUCUUCCGCGUGCGGUCCCCGGGGUGCUUCUGCCGGGAAGGGUGGCAGCUCCGGGUGCAGGGAGGCGAGGCCCAGCUGGUGAUCGACAACGCCAGCGACGCCCAGACCGGAUGCUACAAGUGGCACCUGCAGGGUCUGCAGAGGAAUAUCGGGGUCACCACACUGAACGUUUCAGGCCGGGAGACGCCGUGCCCGCCGGAGGCUGGAGACCCGCUCACGGAGGCGCUCGUGGUCAGCAGCGUCGUGGUCGGCCUCCUUUUCCUGGUGCUCGGCGUGUUAGCCUGCAUCAAAGGCACAGGCCCCCUGCACUACGCCCCCCCGAAGUGCUCAGGACCCCAGGAGAGCUGGUUCUGAACUGGCAGACGGAGGCCUGUGAGGGGGGUGAUGUACGGGCCUAAAACCCAGAGCCGACUCCAGGAGUCCUGCCCACUCUGAGGCCACCAGCACCCGAAACCCGCCCCUCAGGAGUGGAGCCCCACGUGUCCCGCCUCCACCCAGCUGACAUGCAGCGGCGGCGACAGAAGCAGGCCCCAUCCCUGCCUCUGGCACAGGAGACCCGCUCAGCCCUUCUGCCCAGAGGCCAGCUUCUGCCCUGGCCGAGGAGGGAGGGGCGGGAGGAGAGGGUGUGGCCCAGGCUGACCCCACCCACCCCAGCCUCCCGCCCCUGUCUCAGCGCCGGCGACCCGUCCCCCACCGCAGCCCCGGCAGAUUCUCUGGUCAAAAAUGGGAAAAUCGGGGACGCCU